AUGAAACUAGAAAUAAAAGAUGGGGACGAAAAAGAUCAAACGGAAAAUAAAAAAAAUAUCUCACAUAGGAUGAAGAAACUUUAUUCUAUUCUGAACAGUCCGAUUAUAGAUAUAAAUGAACUAAAAAAUAUAUUAUGGGGUGGGAUAUCAGACGAAAUGUCGUUUAAUGUAAGAGAGGAGUGCUGGAAAUUAGCAUUAGGCUACUUACCACUAAAUCGAGAAGAUACAGAAAAAGUGCUAAAGAAAAAAAGAGAUGAAUAUGAAAAUUUAAAAAAACAAUAUUAUAUCAAGAAUCGAUUGUCUGAAGAUGAAUUGAAGAUAUUACGGCAGAUAAAGGUUGAUAUACCUCGAACGAAAUCAUGUUAUAAUAUAUUUAAUAAUAAAAAAAUACAGCAGUUAAGUGAACAUGUAUUAUUUAUUUAUUCUGUUCGACAUCCAGCUUGUGGAUAUGUACAAGGAAUAAAUGAUUUAAUAACACCAUUUUUAAUAGUAUUUUUACGACCAAUUAUUUUAAAAGAAGAAAUUAAUUCCAAUGAUAUUGAUAAUAUAGGUGAACAAGAAUUAAAAAAUGUAGAGUCAGAUUUAUAUUUUUGUCUUUCGAAAUUAUUAGAACAAAUACAAGAUAAUUAUACAUUUGGUCAACCAGGAAUACAAAGAGCUAUAAUCAAAGUUAAAGAAAUAGUUAAACGAAUUGAUAAUUCAUUAUUUAAUCAUAUAUAUGAUAACAAUAUAGAUUUUAUUCAAUUUUCCUUUAGAUGGGUAAAUUGUCUUUUAUUAAGAGAAUUCCCAAUUAAUAUAUCUGUAAGAUUAUUAGAUACAUAUAUUAGUGAUAUCUGUGAUAUAUUUACCGAUUUUCAUCCAUACAUUUGUGCUGUUUUUUUAGUACAUUGGUCUCAAUAUUUAAAGAAAAUGGACUUUCAACAAAUGCUAUUAUUUAUGCAACGCUUUCCAACUCAUGAUUGGAAAAUUCAAGAUAUCGAAUCUAUUUUAUCCAAGGCCUUUGUUUUAAAAAACGCGUUCCAAUCAUCUCCCAAGCAUUUCUCUUAG